AUGGCUGCCUGGGUAUCUGAAAAGGUUUGCGCCAGCCUCGAGUCGGCUUGCGCGUAUAAUUUCAAAUCAUCGGCGAACAUUACACAAGAAAUCGAUGGAAGUUUAGAUGAAAUAAAAUGGGGGAGAUCAGAGGUAAAAAUCGAGAAUAAUAGCGGCGACAAGACACAUCCUUGUGGAACCCCACUCGGACAUUCAAGAAAAUUAGAGAUAAAGUCCGUUACGCGAACACAAAAUUUUCGGUUAGUUAUAAAGUCUAUAAUCCACGCGACCACUUUUCUGUGGACUCCGAUUUGUUGUAGUUUGUGGAUUAGUUUUUCGUGAUUUACGGAAUCGAAUGCUUUUUCAUAGUCGAAAAAUACCACAUCUAUUUGUUUUUUCUCUUCCAGUAAAUCCCACCAAUCUUCAGUGGCCACAUGCAUUGCGGUGGUUGUUGAUCUUUUGGAACGAAAUCCAUGUUGUUCAUGAGGUAUAAUUUGAUAUUUAUCCAUCAGUUCAGUAAGAUUCUUCUUGAUUAUUUUUUCGCAUAAUCUGGCUAUUUGUGAACUGAGCGAAAUGGGGCGGAAAUCGGAUACGGAGUUAGGUGAGUUAGUUUUGGGAAUGGGAAUUACAAUUGAGUUUCGCCAGCGGGUGGGAAUUUUAGAGUGCAUGAAGGUUAGAUUGAAAAUAUAAGAUAGAGGGAAGGAGAGAAAUAUUCUAAGUGUUUUGAUGAAGGUGAAUGAAAUCUUAGUUGAAUUUGAUACAAAAUGAUGCAAAUUUUCGCUUUUUUUGGGAAACUUUUGAUUAAUUCCAUGUUCUCACUUUGUACUCAGAAAUAAUGUUUUUUUAAAUGAAAAAAAAAGAAAAGCAGGUGCAAAUUUUGGCUAAAAAAUGGAGAAAUAGUUUAGUUUAGUUUAGAGGUGUAAAAUUACCAAAAAAUCCACUUUUUGUAGUUUUCCACGUGGCGAAAAACGAAAAAAUUCAGAAAAUUCGUUAUUUUCCAUCUGAACUAACGAAAAAUGCGAAUUUUCUGCAUUUUUUCGUAGUUUGUGUCGUACGACACGCAAAAAUGACAAAAAAUGUGAAUUUUCUGCAAUUUUGCGUCUAUGCAUACAUGAAACACCACGCAAAAAUGCAGAAAAUCCGUUAUUUUUCAUCUAAACUGACGAAAAAUUCGAAUUUUCUGCACUUUUGCGUAUAUUCCACGUGGCAUACAUGAAAACCAACUCAAAAAAGCAGAAAAUCCGUUAUUUUUCAUCUGAACUGACGAAAAAUUCGUUAUUUUUUCUUCAUUUUUGCGUCUCGUCCACGUGGAAUACAUGAAAAACCCCGCAAAAAUGCAGAAAAUGCUUAUUUUCAACAAUGAAAUGAAAUGACGAAAAAUGCAGAAACUCACAUUUUUCGACUUUCGAAUGACGAAAAAUGCGAAUUUUCUGUUGUUUUUUUUUCUGUAGUUUCCACUGUUUUUGACGUAGAACACGCAGAAAGUUUGCAAAUUUUUGUCUUUCUCAUGUUUUCCACGUGACAUUGCAUAAAAUACGUGAUUUUCUUCGUCCUCCUCCAUUUCCUCCUCAAAAUUUUCCAAAUUUCAGCCUCACCCCCGCGCAAAAACCACCCAAAAUGAAGGCUCUAAUUCUCGUCGGCGGUUACGGCACCCGUUUGCGUCCACUUACGCUAACUCAACCGAAACCGCUCGUCGAAUUCGCCAACAAACCAAUGAUGCUUCAUCAAAUGGAGGCGUUAGCGCAAGUCGGCGUCGAUACCGUAGUUCUGGCCGUCAGUUAUCGCGCCGAGCAAUUGGAGCAAGAGAUGGCUGUGCACGCGGAACGACUCGGUGUGCGGCUAAUUUUUUCACUUGAGGAAGAACCAUUGGGCACUGCGGGACCAUUGGCGUUGGCUCGAAAACAUUUAGAGGGUGCCGACCCGUUUUUUGUGUUGAAUAGUGAUGUGAUUUGUGAUUUUCCGUUUCGGCAAAUGGUCGAAUUUCACAAAUCGCAUGGGAAAGAGGGAACGAUUGCGGUGACGAAAGUCGAGGAACCCUCCAAAUAUGGUGUUGUGGUUUUUGAUGAGAAAAGUGGUGAAAUCGAUGAAUUUGUUGAGAAACCACAGGUUCGUAUUUUUUCCGCGAUUUAAGCGGUCAUUUUGACACCAAACACUAUAGAAAAUCUGUGCCAGGCUUGCAGAAUGGGCGGAGCUUGAGAUUCCCGUCAUUUUGAUACUAAACACGAUUGGAAAGCUUCAAAAUCAAGCUCCGCCCAUUUUUGCAACUUGCGGCAUGGUUUUCACGGUGUUUUGAUAUCAAAAAUGAUAUAGAAAACUGUGCCAGGGUUGCAGAAUGGGCGGGGCUUGAAAUCCCCGUCAUUUUGAUACUAAACACGGUUGGAAAGCUUCUCAAAAUCAAGCUCCACCCAUUUUUGCAACCUGCGGCAUGGUUUUCACGGUGUUUUGAUACCAAACACUAUAGAAAAAAGUGUGCCAGGGUUGCAGAAUGGGCGGGACUUGAUAUCCCCGUCAUUUUGAUACUAAACACGACUCAAAAUCAAGCUCCGCCUAUUUCGGCAACUUGCGGCAUGGUGUUCUGGUGAUUUUGACAUCAAAAAUGAUAUAGAAAACUGUGUCAGGGUUGCAGAAUGGGCGGGACUUGAAAUUCUCUCGAUUUUGAUACUAAAAACGACUCAAAAUCAAGAUCCGCCCAUUUUUUGCAAUUUGCGGCAUGGUUUUCUCAUUGAAAUUGAGCGAAAAACCAUGCCGCAAGUUGCAAAUUUGGUAUCAAAAUGCUCUAAACCCCGCCCCCAAAACCAUGCCGCAAAUUGUUCAUCAUCGACUUUUCCAGGAAUACGUCGGCAACAAAAUCAACGCCGGUCUCUACAUCUUCGACUCGGCAAUUCUGGAUCGCAUUCCACUUCGGCCGACGAGUAUCGAAAAAGAGGUUCGAGCUGAAAUUUUGGCUGAAAAUUGUGGAUUUUUGAUGGAAAUUUUGUGAUUUUCAGUCAAAAAUCACUCAAAAUCUUUGAAAUUUUGCAGAUUUUCCCAGCCAUGGCCACCUCACACAAUCUCUACGCGUUCGUUUUGCCCGGAUUUUGGAUGGAUGUUGGGCAGCCGAAGGAUUUCCUCAAGGGAAUGUCGUUGUUUUUGGCGCAUAAGAGGGCGACGGCUCCAGAGGAGUUGAGCACCGGAGCCGCGAUUCAUGAGAGUGCCAAGAUUCAGGGCAAUGUUCUAGGUAGGGUUUGGAAAUUUGCGAGAUUUUGAUACCAAAUAUGACUGUGCCAGAGUUGCUUAAGCUCCGCCCCUUUUUGCACCAUGUUUGGAUUCAAAAUAACCCCCUUCCCUCCAAUUUUCUUCUCUUAAGCUCCGCCCCUUUCUGCAAAACCACCGCACACUUUUUUUUCAGUCGAUCCAACCGCGUCGGUCGGUGAGAAUUGUGUCAUCGGUCCAAAUGUCGUCAUCGGUCCACGUGUCCGCAUCGAAAAAGGCGCGUGCAUUCGAAAAUCGACAAUUCUGUCCGACUCAACCAUCGCCAAUUUCUCGUGGGUUUCCGGAAGUAUUAUUGGGCGAAAAUGCUCGAUUGGAAGUUGGGUUCGAAUCGAGAACAAUUGUGUGAUUGGUGAUGAUGUGGUGAGUGGGUUUUUUUGGGGCGAAAAUCAGAAAACUAGACUACUUUAUUAUGUAUAA